AUAAGAGUCUGAGCAGGCUAAGGAGGAUGAGAAAAACUGAAAAAGUUCAAAGUUGUGAAAUUCUCAAUAAAAAAAGAUUGAACUGAAAAAGAGAAAGCGGAAACCUCAAAAUGCCACCCAAUGCUCCACCUUCGACUGCCAUAGCCAAACCCCAUAAACCCUACUUCUUCUACGGCCACCGGAAACCCACCCAAAACCGCCCCACCGUCCGCGGCGGCCUCUUCUCCAACCGCCAAAUUAUCAACCCCAAUCGCAAAAACCAUCCCCGACCUUCUUCUCAACCCGCAUUUGACCUCUCAAAAUGGGACCCGGACAGCCUUCCAACUCGACCCAAUUACCCAGAAAAGGACCCAUCUGAGAAAUUCUUCUCCGUGGCAAAGACUCUGUCCCCAAUUGCUAGGUACAUAGUUGACUCCUUUCGAAAACACCGCCACUGGGGCCCACCUGUCAUGGCGGACCUCAAUAAGCUCCGCCGUGUAACGCCGAAGCUGGUGGCGGAGGUUCUUAAAGUCCCUGAUAUUGAUUCGCGACUCUCGUCUAAGUUCUUCCACUGGGCUGGUAAGCAAAAGGGUUAUAGGCAUGAUUUUUCUUGUUACAAUGCGUUUGCCUAUAGCUUGAAUAGGACAAGCCAAUUUCGAAGUGCUGAUCAGGUGCCUGAAUUAAUGUGUAUGCAAGGGAAACUUCCUAGUGAGAAACAGUUUGAAAUCCUGAUAAGAAUGCAUUCUGAUGCAGGUAGGGGACUUAGGGUAUAUUAUGUGUACGAGAAGAUGAAAAAGUUUGCCAUUAAACCAAGAGUUUUUUUGUACAAUAGAAUAAUGGAUGCACUUGUUAAAACUGAUCAUUUGGAUUUGGCUAUGUCCGUGUACAAAGAUUUCAAAGAAGAUGGAUUAGCAGAGGAGAGUAUCACUUUCAUGAUUUUGAUCAAGGGCUUGUGCAAGUCUGGUCGAAUGCAUGAAGUGCUUGAGCUUUUGGGUCAUAUGAGAGAGUUGUGCAAACCAGAUGUAUUUGCAUACACGGCAAUGGUGAAGGUAUUAAUUGGAGAGGGAAAUUUAGAAGGAUGUUUGAGGAUUUGGGAGGAAAUGCGGAGGGAUGAAGUUGAGCCAGAUGUUAUGGCAUACGGAACUUUAGUGACAGGAUUGUGCAAAAGAAGACAGAUUGAGAAAGCUUAUAAGUUCUUUAAGGAGAUGAAAGAGAAGGGGUAUCUGAUAGAUAGAGCUAUAUAUGGGUCAUUGAUUGAAGCAUAUGUGGCAAAGGGUAAGGUUGGUUCAGCUUGUGAUUUGCUGAAGGAUUUAGUCGAAUCCGGAUAUAGGGCUGAUUUGGCAAUAUAUAACUCUCUUAUUGAGGGAUUGUGUGGUGCAGAACGGGUUGAUAGAGCUUAUAAGCUUUUCCAAGUUAUGAUUGUAGAGGAUGUGCAGCCAGACUUUUCCACUGUGAGACCACUAUUGGUAUCUCUUGCGGAGUUGGAAAGAAUGGAUGACUUUUGCAAAAUGCUUGAGGAAAUGAAGAAUUUGGGUUUUUCUGUUAUUGAUGAUUUAUCGAAGCUGUUUGAAUUUAUGGUUGUCAAGGAUGAAAAAAUAAAACUGGCUUUAGAAUUGUUUGAAUAUUUGAAAAUGAAGGACUAUUGCAGCGUUUCAAUAUAUAAUAUUGUUAUGGAGACUUUGAACAGGAUUGGGGAGGUAAGAAAGGCGUUAGUAGUCUUGGAUGAAUUAAAAAGCUCAAAUUUUGAACCUGAUUCAGUAACUUACAGCAUUGCUAUCCAAUGUUUUGCUGAAGUUGGAGAUGUACAUGAAGCAUGUACUUGCUAUAACAAGAUAAAAGAGAUAUCCAAGUUGCCUUCUCUCGCUGCAUAUCGAUCUCUUGUAAAAGGGCUCUGUGCAACUGCAGAGAUUGAUGCAGCCAUGAUGCUAAUUCGUGACUGCUUAGGCAGUGUUGCAAGUGGACCCUUGGAAUUCAAGUAUACAUUAACAAUUAUUCAUCUUUGCAAGUCAAAAGAUGCCAAAAAGGUAGUUGGAGUAAUAGAUGAAAUGGUGGAACAGGGUUGUCUUCCGGAUAAUGUCAUAUAUUCUGCAGUUAUAUGCGGCAUGUGCAAGUAUGGGACAAUUGAAGAGGCAAGGAAAGUCUUUGUUGGUUUAAGAGAACGUCAACUUCUAAGUGAAGCUGAUGUGAUUGUUUAUGAUGAGUUGCUUAUUGACCACAUGAAAAAGAAGACAGCAGACUUGGUGUUAUCUGGCUUGAAGUUUUUUGGUCUGGAAAAGAAGUUAAAAGCAAGAGGCUCAACACUUCUGCCUGGCUGAGAAUGUGAAUUCAGAUACUUACUUUAUGGAAGAAUACAGCAAAUUUUGACACAUUCUGUGUGGAGAAAAGCUACAAUCAAGAGAGUUGACCGUUGGGCUAUGUUGAGAAUUUUAAAUCAGGUCUGAUACGGCUUGUGAAUCCUGUGGCAGAAAGAGACCUAAAUUUCCCCUGAACAAUUGAGACUGGUCUGCAGUAUGUGAAACAUGUCCUUGUGAGUGAAGUUGGGUCAAGUGGACAAGGUAAUUACCUGCUAUUGAUCAUUUACCAUCUUCAUUGAUGUUACAACCUAUCUCUUGGUUCUGGCUGAAGCUUACUGUUUUGUUGCUGAAAUUAAACUUGCCUACCACUUUUUCUUCAGAGAUUGAUAAUUCAACAUGUUACUUUAGUUAAUUAUCAAGCUGCGAAAAUUUGGUGAAGUUUAGCAGUUAAAAUGCUGUCCUGUUGGGAUGGUUCAGGUCUGAUACGGCUUGUGAAUCCUGUGGUAGAAAGAGACCUAAAAUUUCUCUGAACAAUUGAGACUGGUCUGCAGUAUGUGAAACAUGUCCUUAUGAGUGAAGUUAGUUAAGCGAACAAGGUAAUUACCUGAUAUCGAUCAUUUACCAUCUUCGUUGUCUUUAAGGUAGUUCCGAGGCUGAGUUCUGUGAAUUGCAGUGUUUCACCUUUGAAGAAAAUAAUUGUCUAGGGUGAGUUUGGAGUUCGUCUAGAGCUGGCUUAAUGGUCAAUGACUUCCCCUUGCGAUGCAAUACCAGUAAAAGUCCUGACUCUAUACCAAGCAAGCUCCAGUGUUGGAUAAGUUAAAGUGGCAUUCUGUCUUUGGUUUGUGCUAUGGAGUACAGCAUGUUCGGGAACCUUAAUCUACUGCCCUUCUGUCUGAGUGUAAAAUUUGGAUUAAGUAUAAAAAAGUAAGCCAAUAUCUGUGGAUGUUGCAAAUUUGGAUAUCGAUUCAGGUGGCAAAAUAUUUGAAGUUGGUAGCAAUUGCGUGAUCUGAGAAGGGUCUUGUUAGACACGAAUGUUCUUCCUGGCUUAGGUAGUUACACACAUUUCUGAAUUUGUAAGCUGUACUGAUGUUUUCAAUUUCUAUGGCCCCUUGUGUUAUAUUUCAUUUUUAUUUUAUGUGGGAUUUUUUGGGGAAAGAAAAUGGAAUAGUCAAUCCACAUGCGUUCUUUAAAUGGAUCAUGUCUUGGGGGAAGUACUGGUGUACUGCAAUUAUUUCCUCUUCGUAAAUUUGUUAGAGCUUUGUAUGCUGAGCUGUUUGUCUCUUAGGUUGGUGGUAAGAAAUUGGACAUCCCUGUUUGGCAUUCAUUGUUCUUUUGUCGAACUUUUCUGCCCUUCAGAUAUGUUAUAUUGCCUUCGCUUUUGUGGAUUAUAAA